ACCGAGCGAGGGAGGGAGGGAGGGAGGGAGCACCAUGUGCCGGCCCGCGCUCGCCCGGCUGCUGCUCCUCCAGCUGCUGCUCGUCAAGCUGCACCUCGCCAAAGGCGCCGUCAAGGAGUGCGAGGAGGACCAGUUCCAGUGCCGGAACGAGCGGUGCAUCCCCGCCAUCUGGAAAUGCGACGAGGACGAUGACUGCUCGGACAACAGCGACGAGGCGGAUUGCCCAAAGAAAACUUGUGCUGAGUCAGAUUUCACCUGUGACAACGGCCACUGCAUCCCAGCCAGGUGGAAGUGUGAUGGUGAAGAAGAGUGUUCGGACGGGUCAGACGAGUCAGAAGCAGCAUGCACCAAGCAAGUAUGUCCAUCUGAAAAAAUUAGCUGUGGAGACCUAAGCAACAAGUGUAUCCCGUCGUCUUGGAGGUGUGAUGGGCAGAAGGAUUGUGAAAGUGGUAUUGAUGAGGCUGGCUGCACUCCUGCCUGUUCUCCCAACGAGUUCCAGUGCAGUAACAAGUCGUGCAUCUCCAUCAUCUUCGUGUGUGACGGUGACAAUGACUGCGGGGACGGCAGCGAUGAAAGGAAAUGCUCCCCCCUGACGUGCAACCCCAACGAGUUCCAGUGCAACAACAGCGUGUGCAUCCCGGAGCUGUGGGUGUGCGACAACCAGCCCGACUGCGAGGACCAGUCGGACGAGUCUGUGGAGAAGUGUGGCCACGACACCAAGGCCCUCAACACGUGCGCGGCCCACGAGUUCCAGUGCGGCAACGGGGAGUGCAUCCACCUCAACUGGAAGUGCGACGGGGACGAGGACUGCAAGGACAAGUCCGACGAGCAGGACUGCCCUCUGGUGACGUGCCGGCCGGAUGAAUUCCAGUGUGGGGACGGGACCUGUAUCCACGGAGCGAAGCAGUGUGACAAGGUGCACGACUGUCCCGACAAGAGCGACGAGGCUGGCUGUGUCCAAGAGUCAGCAUGUGAAAGUCCCAGCAAGUUUCAGUGUAAGAGUGGAGAGUGCAUUGACGGAGGCAAAGUGUGCGAUUCACAUAGAGACUGCAGGGACUGGUCUGACGAGCCUCUGAAAGAAUGUGGUACUAACGAAUGCUCCAUGAACAACGGCGGCUGCUCUCACAUAUGCAAGGACUUGAAGAUCGGCUACGAGUGCGAGUGCCCGCCCGGAUACAAGCUCCUGGAUAAGAAAACGUGUGGAGACAUAGAUGAAUGUGAGAAUCCAGACGCUUGUAGCCAGAUCUGCAUUAAUUACAAGGGAGACUACAAAUGUGAGUGCUACGAAGGAUACGAGAUGGACACCCUGUCCAAGAACUGCAAAGCUGUAGGCAAGAGCCCGUACCUGAUCUUCACCAACCGCCACGAGGUCCGUAAGAUAGACCUGGUGAAAAGGGACUAUUCCCGCAUCAUUCCCAUGCUGAAGAACGUCGUGGCGCUGGACGUGGAAGUGUCAACAAACAGAAUAUACUGGUGUGAUUUGUUCUACCGGAAAAUCUACAGUGCCUACAUAGACAAAGCGAGCGACACGGCCGAGCAGGUGAUCCUGAUCGACAGCCAGCUGAACUCCCCCGAGGGACUGGCCAUCGACUGGGUCCAUAAAAACAUCUACUGGACCGAUUCCGGAAACAAGACCAUCUCAGUGGCCACCGCAGAUGGAAGCAGGAGGAGGACACUUUUCAACACUGACCUCAGUGAGCCAAGGGCCAUUGCUGUUGAUCCCACUCAGAGGUUCAUGUACUGGUCUGACUGGGGAGACAAAGCCAAGAUCGAGAAAGCCGGUCUGAACGGUGUGGGGCGGCAGGUGCUGGUGAUGGACAACAUCGAGUGGCCGAACGGCAUCACCCUUGAUUUGCUGAAUCAGCGUCUGUACUGGGUAGACUCCAAGUUGCAUUCUCUGUCCUGCAUUGAUUUCAAUGGCAGCAACAGAAAAGUUCUGAUCUCCUCUGUGGAUGAUCUGAGCCAUCCUUUUGGCUUGGCAGUGUUUGAGGACAGAGUGUUCUGGACUGAUCUGGAGAACGAAGCGAUCUUCAGUGCAAACAGGCUCAACGGCUUGGACAUCUCCAUUCUGGCAGAGAACCUCAACAACCCUCACGACAUCGUGGUGUUCCAUGAAUUAAAGCAGCCCAAAGCUCCAGACUCCUGCGAGCUCAGCCCCCAGCCAAACGGAGGCUGUGACUACUUGUGUCUCCCUGCACCUCAGAUCUCUGCCCACUCUCCCAAGUACACCUGUGCCUGUCCUGACAACAUGUGGCUGGGUCCUGACAUGAAGAAAUGCUACAAAGACCUUCCAACAACUUCAGCUCCUGUUCUGGUUUCUACAACCACAGCACCCCCUUCUACUGGUACCACGCCCAUCACAGCUGUGCCUGGCAGUGCCAGGAACACCACCGAGGGCAUCCCCAGAGCUGUACCAGAGGCUACAAUUACCACCCCAAGUCUUCAUUUACCUUCCACCACAUCCAUCCUGAUAGACUCCGAGAUGACCACUGGAAACAGCAAUUUAUCCCAGCACUAUGCAAAUGAUGACGAAGGCUUUGGUUCAACUGUGACAGCGGCUGUGAUUGGAAUUGUCAUUCCUGUGGUGGUCAUCGGCCUGCUGUGCAUGGGGGGAUACCUCAUCUGGAGGAACUGGAAACGGAAGAACACCAAAAGCAUGAAUUUUGAUAAUCCAGUCUACAGGAAGACAACAGAAGAGGAGGAUGAAGAUGAGAUCCACAUUGGGCGGACGGCCCAAAUCGGACACGUGUACCCAGCACGUGUAGCACUGAGCUUAGAAGAUGACGGGUUGCCAUGAGGAUGAAGUUGCUGCUCCAAAAACACACCGAACAAACCUGCUUUGGAUCACAGAACCUGCUUCUUCCUUUUGAUCGUUAUUUAUGUUGCAGAAGGGUAACCACAAAGUUAUAAUGAACUGCAAACAUCCAAAGGAUGUGAGAGUUUUGUAUGUAUAAUCUUUUAUACACAUUUUAACUUGUUGCACUACCCAUUUGUGAUAGUGAAUAAGCGACAGCUGAGCUACUAACUCAAUGUACAUAACCAGCCAGGCUGAAGGCUCAGUAGCUAUUGCUUUAUUUUAAGACUAUAUUUAUAGAUAUUUUGUAAAUAUGUUGAAUAUGCUUUGUGGCUAUCCAUCAACAUAAGUAAAAUAAAUUCUGUACAGGCAGUUUAGAAAUAUUUAUUAACAAAAUCUGGAUUAUAAGAUCUGUUCUGUAAAUAUAGUAGAGGGGUGAGAGUAUUUAUUUUUUGUAUGUUUGGCUUGCUGUGCAUAGAUUAUCUGUGUAUAUAUCUAUCUGGACAAGAUAGAUAUAUAGGCAUAUAAAUAUAUACAUAUAUAUAAGAAUAUAUACAUAUAUUUUAAAACUACUAGCCUACAUUUAUGAAAAUUAGGGAUAAUUGAAUUUUUACAGGAUGUUUGAGAAGUUUGCUUUGAAAUCUAAAGACACUAAGUAAGAAAGAGCUGCAGGGUAAGACAGCUGACCAGCGAAGCACCAUUAGAAACAGCUCCAGAUUUCCAUCCUGGCUCUUAAGGGUUGCUUUGGCAUUUUCCAGUCUAUCCAUGAAGAAUCCUCUGCAGUGCUUUUAACUGGAGGGCUACUGCCUACAGCAUUCCAGUCAGGAGAAGCUCCUACAGCACCCAGGGGGUUUUUGUAUUGUUGCUUUUUAAACAGCUGGGUACAAAUCUGAUUUAAGUUUUUUGUUUGUUUCUAAAUGUAUAUCUGAAUGUUUUUCCACACUGGGAAUCUUGCACCUCUCAAAUCAGCUCAGAAUUAGCAGAAACAAAGAUGCAGCCCUGUCCUUCCACACAGCUGAAGUGAGCACUCCCCUUGGAUCAUCAGGAAAACAACACAAUAACUGAAGUCCCUUCCUUCCCUGCUUGCCCUUGUCCCCUGCUCGUACUGACUGACAGUCCAGCUCUGGGAGAGGCUGUGGCAGGUGUGGAAUUCUUUCAAG